ACACCAAGAUCACAUGUUAUGUACUUACAUGCUUGCAUAAAUAGUUUGACAAUAAAAGGCUUCUCUACUCCUUGUGUCAUCGAGCUCUCAGCAUCACUUCAGAGUGCGUAGUUGACUAGCUUCAUCAUUGCAAUUCUUAAAUAAAAAGAUUGAUUGUUUGAAGAAAUAACAAAGUCUCUCCUUAUUGGUUAGAAUUUCCACAUUCUGUCCUUGAAGGUUGUUGAAGAACAACUCAAUAGAUAAACAAUUAAUUCUACUCCACGUCCUCUACACCAUCUCUCUACAACCCAGCAUGGACUCCCUUCAGAAUUCUGAACUUCACCAGAGCAAUGUGGCACAGGCAGGCCGACGAAGGAGGUUGUCGAGCAGUGAUCAGUCUCUGGAUGUGAGCCCCUGUGAUGAAGCGCGUGUCUUGGUCAUUAACACCGGAGGGACUAUCGGGAUGACGUACCAUAAUAACGUGCUGUCCCCAGAGCCUAAUGCGUUUGUGAAGGCCCUGCGAAAGCUUCCCAUCCUCCAUGAUGAGGAGUAUGCUCUCCAGUCCCGUAUGUACGAAUAUUACAGCACGAGUGGACCACAGGAGAACACCCUGGUCCUGCCGCUGUCAAAACAGAAUAAGAGGAUAGUGUACACUUUUGUAGAGUACAGCCCUUUGCUGGACUCUUGCAAUAUGACCAUAGAUGACUGGGCUACAAUUGGGAAGGACAUUGAGAAACACUAUGAGAAGUAUGACGGUUUUGUCAUCCUCCACGGCACGGACACCAUGGCCUAUACAGCAUCUGCUCUGUCCUUCAUGUGUGAGCACCUGGGGAAGCCUGUCAUCCUCACCGGCUCCCAGGUGCCGAUCUAUGAGUUGAGGAACGAUGGAAGAAACAACCUCUUGGAGUCACUGCUGAUCGCCGGUCAGUUUUCGAUUCCUGAGGUGUGUGUGUAUUUCAAUCACUAUCUGUACCGAGGCAACCGUGUGACCAAGGUGGACUCUGGGAGUUUCAAUGCCUUCAAGUCUCCUAACCUGCCUCCUCUGGUCAAAUCUGAAGUGGAUUUUAAAAUUAACUGGGACACAGUAUUGAGGGCGAACACGACCACACGGUUCAGAGUGAGCACUCAGAUGAACCGUAACGUGGGUCUGCUGCGGCUCUUCCCAGGCAUCACUGCAGUGACCGUGAAGUCCUUCCUGCAGGCGCCCAUGGAGGGCGUCGUCCUGGAGACGUACGGUAGUGGUAACGCCCCUGACAACCAAGCUGACCUGCUGAAGGAGUUCCGGAAUGCCAUAGAGAGGGGUGUGAUCAUUGUCAACUGCACCCAGUGUCUGAGGGGUUCUGUCACCACAUCAUACGCCACCGGAAUGGUCCUGAGUGACGCAGGGCUGGUGGCAGGCAGUGACAUGACUUCUGAGGCUGCAUUCUGCAAGCUGUCCUACGUGCUGGCCAGGAAGGAGCUAAACAUAGAGGCCAAGAGGAGGAUGCUGAGUCAGAACCUGCGGGGGGAGAUGAUCAGUGACCUGCAGGGGGCCAAGCUCACUCUGAGUGACAGUCGCUUCAUUCAGGUCAUCGCCAAGUCCCUGAUCAUCAAUAGUAAGAAGGAGCUACAAGCCAUAAGGGAUGCCCUGACCCCCACCUUAGCUUGUGCUGCUUCUAAGAUUGGAGACGUGGGGGCCUUAGAUGCCUUAAAGGAGAUGGGCAGUAACCUGAGUCUGGGGGACUAUGAUGGACGCACCCCUCUGCACAUCGCUGCCAGUGAGGGCCACCUCAAAGUGGUGCAGUAUCUACUGGACCAGGGAGCCACCGUCCAUGCCAAAGAUCGCAAUGGGGACACACCCCUGCGCAACGCUGUGCAUUUCAGACGCAAAGAGGUGGUGAAGUUGCUGAGAGAGAGAGGAGCCCGUUUCUCCAGCGAUGAGCUGAAGGAUGCAGGAGCAGAGCUGUGCCGUCUGGCAUCCAAGGCUGACAUCGAGGGCCUGGAAAUGUGGCACCUGGCCGGGGGAGACCUGAACAUACGAGGCUACGACGGGAAGACGCCCAUGGAUGUGCCUCUGUUUGAUGGAAAUGAUGAGAAUGAAGAGUACAUCGAGUUCUCAGCCUGUCCAAAAGGACCCUGAAGACAAAGACCCUCAACACUUUUGCCUUUCUCUUUUAUCUCUACAUCCAUCCCCAUCACUCUCUCUCUGACUUUCCAUUUCACUCUUACAAUGGACAAUUUUAUAUAGAGAUUCAUCCAAGCCAUUUACAGUUUAUAUAUUUGCGUCCAUCCCAAGUACAGUUAGAGAACGGUACGCUGUAAAACUACUGGUAGAACAACAACAUGUCAAGUAAUAUUGAUACACUGUGCCUAGAACGGGCAGCACUAUAUCUAUGUGUAUGUUUUGUAUGUACCACAGUAUACUAUGUUGUAUGUGGAAGCAAUUCACUCUGUAUUAUUAGAGUAUAAUCAGUGUUCAUUGGAAGCACAGAGUACAAUGCUGUACCUUAUACUAAGCACUUCAUAAAGCACAUCGAAAGUGCCAUUUAUUCUAAGCUGAAAUCAUUGUGAAAUUUGCCUAGAUGUUUAUUGUCCCAAUUAUGUAUCAUUCAUGCAGUCCAUAUUUUAGCUCUACCUCCUUCUGAAAGUAAAGAUAACUGAGGUGUUUCCUGUUUGUAAAACAGUGCAAUUAGUUCCUCUAUCCUGCUAACACACAGCUCUUCUAGCAUAUAAACCCAGCUCCCUCUGUAGUCAAUAAAAAUGUCAUUUAGCAGAUGCUUUUAUCUAAAGCAACUUGCAGAGACAUACAGUUACUCAAAAUUACAUCAAUGUGAAAUUCCAACCCAUAUUGUCUUCCAUAGUUUUGUACUUCCUCUUCUGUUUUUGUUUCCUCCUGCUUACUUGUUUCAUCUCUCUGACAGCCCAGGCUGAGAGGAAGGUUAUAGCUGGAUAUCAAACCAGCUGUUGUCCCCCCAAAAGUGUUUUUAUCAUUAACUGUUACUCAGCGUUAAUCUCCUCUACUCUCUAUGUUCAUGGUCAACUAACUAUUUUAUUAUGUUAACCCUUGUGUGGUGUUCGGGUCUGUGGGAACCAUUUUACAUGUUUACUAAAAUAAAAAUGAUAAAAUGAAUUAUUUUUUUCAACCUGA